GAGUGGUUGUUAAGGAAGUAGCGCAACCCCUCUCUGAAUUGGGUUAUUUCAGGUUGACUGCCGUCUUAAGCCUCCCAUUCAACCAUGCGCGACUCGGAGCUGGAGUACACCAUCGUCUUUCCUGAUCCCACCGUCUCAGACCUAAAAGAAGACCCGGUGACAAUCCUGUUGGGUUGGGCUGGCUGCCAAGACAAACAUUUAGCAAAAUACAACUAUAUCUACAAAAAUCAGAGCUGUGCAGUUCUCAGAUAUCCAACUCCAUGGCGCCAGAUAUUUUUCCCUGGAAUCUUCAGUAAAAAUCUCCAUUACACAGCAAGAAAACUACUAGAUCUUCUGUUUGAUGUCGGCAUAGAAGAGCAUCCAAUUUUGUUCCAUGUUUUUAGUAAUGCUGGCAGCAUGCUAUAUUGCCACAUUGUUAAACUUCUGUUUAACCAAACUGAAACUAAGUAUGCAAAGUUAAAUGUUGUAGGGACUAUUUUUGAUAGUGCACCUGGAGAUAGGAACUUAUCAGGUGGCAUUCGUGCUCUGAAUACAGUUUUGAGUCCUUCCAUCAACAUUUUUGUAAGGUGCUUUGCUAUUCUUACUUUCACAUUGACUGCAUUCUUUCGGGUUUUGUUCUAUCCAGUCACGCAAUUUAUUUCCCUGUCGUUCUAUGAUGCUUUGAAAGCAGAACCUUCAAGAUGGCCUCAACUUUUCUUGUAUUCAAAAGCAGAUAAAAUAAUUUCCUACAAAGAGAUCGAGGCAAUGAUCGAAGCUAGAAAGUUGUUAAAUAUUGAAGUGCAAUCUAUGGAUUUUAUCACUUCACAGCAUGUAAGCCAUUUUAAAAUGUUUCCUGAUAAGUAUUCCAGCAAGUGUAUCAGUUUCUUUAAGAGAUGCAUUCAGCUACAUUUGACUGAUUCUUUGAGAAAGAAUUUAAUGCAAUGAGCAAGUCAUAGCCCAAUGCAGCAAAUCGUUGUUCCAGUUAGCUUCAAUGCAUUUGGUUUCUGGGUGGGUGGGGUUGGCACAAGAGGGAAAGAGAAAGAAAGGAUAUAUUGAUCAGUGUCCUAUGUCUGAUUGUUAUUUAAUAUUUGCUGGAACGUUCCCAUUUUAAUUUUAACAAAUUUAAACAAGCUGCUGAUGCUUAUUAUUUUGACUCUGAUUUACAAAAGCUAUUAUAUUAAGGUUUUGGAGGUUCUCAGCACCCAACCAGCUUGUCAGCAUCUUCAAGAAUAGGGUGACAAAGUGAGACAGACAGAAGUUCUUUUCAGUCCUUGACAGCUCUUGGCUCAGACAUGUCAAUUUAAGAUGGUUUAAUACCACUUCCUGUAUAAGUGAAAAGUCGAAUGAAAUUAUUGUUACUCUGGAUCCGAUGCAGCACAAAAAAAAUCAGAAUAAGAUAAAGAACACAAUAAACAUAAAUAUAUAAGAUA